AGGUCGUGUGCGGAUUACGAGGAACUGCAGCCUUUGGGAACGUCUUCGAGAAGCAGAAGGAUUUUGCAGCAGAACGCGCAUCGGAAAAACGAGGAAGAUGACGUCAUGGACCCGCAGCACAUCAAGAAGAUGCUGGAGUGGGAGCUGAGCCUGGACUCGAACGACUUGCGAUCGCACGCCUGGUACCACGGGUCGAUCCCACGAGCCCACGCCGACCGCAUUCUCCUGCACGACCGGGAGUUCCUAGUUCGCGACUGCGGCUCGCAUCCCGGAAGCUUCGUUCUUUCCUGCCGCCACGGAAAGACCUGCCUUCAUUUCGUCAUCAAUCGAGUGUUGGUGCAACAGGGGACCAUCUACGAAAGGAUUCAGUUUCAGUUUGAAGAGGAAAGCUUCGAUUCCGUCGCCGGAUUGAUCACUUACUAUGUGGGCAGUGGGAAGCCGAUUUCCAGCAGUUCCGGGGCUCGGAUUUGUCAUCCGAGGAAAACCGCUUCUGCCGUAACAUCAGAUAAAAUCGAACGAUUGUUUUCAUUGAGAGGUGGAGAAAUCGAAGAA